AUGGCCAGUUCUGGAAAUUCCGUUAGAUCAUUAUUUAUUUUAUUGCUAAAUACGUCAUUCUGUACAAAGGACACUAACCAGACAAUCUACGAGCUGGACACUGAAGGCGAGUUUAUUAGCGACCACGCCAGAAAUGCUGUUCUGUUUUUCAUUCACGUGAUGUUAGAUAUGUGUAUAUGUGUUUUUGGUAUCGCUGGAAACGGUCUAAACAUCACCGUGUUUCUAAGACAGGGUCUGCGCACGUCAGUCAACCUGAGUCUCUUCGCCAUGUCACUGUCAGACCUCAUCGGUCUCAUCUUUCAGGUCUGGCACAACUUUUGUAUGAACCCUUACCUGGAACUGGCAGACCUGCCUAUUAACUUCAUGGAUCUGCAAGUACUAACUGCGGGUUACCCAAACGUAGCCAUGACACGCAUCACUAGCUGGAUCACGGUGUAUAUCACGGCUGAGAGAUGUCUCUCGGUACUGACCCCUUUUAGGGUCGGGAUCCAUGUCACGUUUAAAAGAAGCGUUGUCAUCCUGAUCCUCUGUUACAGCAUCAACUUGGCGUUCCUGGUGCCCCAAUACGCCUUUGAUUAUUUAAGCUACAGCUUUAUCCCAGGACUUAAUAAAACUAGACUAGGAAUUUCUGUACGAUGGAAUGACGAGAUUAUGGUCUAUGUACGUAACAUCUCACACAUCUACCUGUCAAUCAUCGCUAUCCUUUUCGUCAUCGUAAAUACGGCCGUACUAGUGGUCAGUCUCAGGUGGAAGACCAAGUGGAGACAGGGCGCUAUGUCCAACCAGAACCAGCAGAAGGCACUGUCCAGUCGUGACAAGAAAACUGUGAUGCUGGUCAUUAUGGUGGCCACAGUCUUGAUCGUCUGCUACUCUCCAGCCGUCACGUGCACUUUUCUGGAAAUAUUUUUGCCCAGUUUUGGCUUCUAUGCCAAACAGAAAAACGUGUAUCAUGUCGCUUGGUCUUUCUGUUUCCUGUUCAACUCUAUCAACGCAAGUAUCAACGCCAUUGUCUACUACAACAUGAGUUCUAAAUAUAGAACAACACUACAAGAGAUGUUCCCGAGAUGGAAGGAUACGAUAAGAUAG